AUGGAUAAGAAGAGUCUGGCACCCCCAAUUGUGUUCGGAAAAAAUCCAUCUAUGGCCACGUGCCCGAGAUGCGGAUUCCGCGGCCAAACGGUGGUCAAUUAUGAGGCAAAUGCCAAUACUCAUUUGGUGGCCCUCUUUAUCUGCUUGGUGGGGGGCAUCUGUUGCUGCUGCAUUCCGUACUGCAAAGACUCCUGCAAGGCGGCCAAGCACUCCUGUGGUAGAUGUGGAUCCUACGUGGGAACAUGCAAGAACUAGAAAACCUACAUAUAUCCUAAGGACAAAAAUCGCC